CAUUACACAGUGGGUGAUUUGCCUGUCGUGUAAACAGAGUAAAUCCACACCCAGUAGCACGAUCCUGCAUCGGCAGACAGGAGAGCCAGGACACCAAAGGCACCAUGCUCUCCAUGUUUUCAGGAAAGUUAUGUCAGUUUCUCAGUGUAACUCGGUUACCUUCUAUCCUUUUCCUUGGAGUUUUUUACGUAGCUUAUGUUCUUGUUGGAGGGCUGGUGUUCUGGAAGCUAGAAGGAUGGUAUGUGUUGCAACAGAUUGCUCUUUUGAAAGAGAAAAGACUGGAGCUACUUGAGAAGUACCCUUGUCUGGGUCAAAAUGGCCUCAGUGAACUAGCACAGAUGAUCAAAUCUGCUUCCCUGAGUGGCUUGAGUCCUGACAGUAAUGACACUGCAGAUGGCCUCUGGAAAUUUACCAGUUCAUCUGUGUUUGCGGCGACAGUGGUCACAACUAUUGGCUAUGGGAAUAUAGUUCCACUGACAACAGCUGGUCAAAUAUUCUGUGUGAUGUUUGCUCUUUUUGGCAUUCCUCUGAACGUAGUAGUCUUGAACAGAGUUGGGAAAUACAUGCUGGCAAUUGAAAGACAUUUUUGCAAUUUUCUGGAGAAAAAAAUUGACAGAGGGAAAUGUGUACGGAUAUCCAUUCAUAGUAUAUCCUUUGUGAGUUCAGCGUUCUUGUACCUUGUGGUUCCUAUGCUGCUCUUUAAAGAGUAUGAGGGAUGGAGUUAUGCUGAAGCCAUUUAUUACUGCUUCAUAACACUCAGCACUAUUGGAUUUGGAGAUUAUGUGGCAGAUCACAACCCAGCAAUAAAUUACCCUGAGUGGUACAGCUGUUUGAUGGCUGUCUGGAUAUUCUUCGGCCUGGCUUGGCUUGCUCUUCUGGUCAAUCACUCUAUUGAUUUACUGGAAAGUCUGAACGCUUACCUGAGAGGAAGGCAGAAUGGACAGUCACAAAUGAAUGAGACUGAAGAAAAGCCAGACAAAGGACUGAAAGGGGAAGAAACAUGAGAAGUAGGUUACGGAAAAAGGAAAACAUCUGAUGGACGAUUAGUACUGGAACUAUCGAUGAAUUGAAUGGUUUAAAUAAUUGACUUGACCCCAAAAUGACUAGUAACAUUCUGAGAAAUCAGCUAAAUAAAUUGCAAACAGAGUUUACGCUUUACACAGUCAUGAAAUUGAAUCAAUUGUUUGGCUAAACAUUUUUGGUUCGCACCACAAAUCCCCAUAAAUCUCACAAUAGGGAAAGAAGUUUGGUGUUGUAUAUACUUUUUAUUACUCACAGUAAUAAUUUUAUAUAUUUAAAUAUU